AGAAGCUUAUGGGAAUUAACAUGUCAGGGCAGCUGUAAGAGUGGAUCUUGAAAAACUGUAUUUGUUUCAUGCAAGAUUAGAUCUCACAGAAAACACAGGGACAGGCUAAAACUUGGUGAAAUUAGCUGUCACUGGGAAGGACUGGAAUUAUGCUUGUGAUAUAGUGUUUCAAACUGUAGUGUUUGUAAUCUAAAGGGAGUGCGGACCCAGGACGGGACAGCUAUCGAGGUACUCCAUAUCAGGACAGCUCCAGCCAAGAGAGUUUCACAGCCAGGACAGAAAAAGCGCCACUUUGGUACUGAAAUAUCCCAAGGGGUUUCGUGGUAGAUUAAUCAGAAACGGACUCCGAGCCGAAUAAGGAGAUAUUAGGGCCGAAGAUCAGAAGUUUGGACCAUGAGACACUAAGACAACAACUGGGGACUCGACAAUGGAGUCUACAUCAGUGGACACAACAGUGACAACCAUCGGCUCAAAUCCUACCCUGACACCCACUGAUCCGUCAACAUCAGGAGAAACAAAGGCAACAACUGAGGACUUGACAAUGGAGUCUACAUCAGUAGACACUACAGUGGCAAACAUCAGCUCAAAUCCUACCCUGACAUCUAUAGAUCCAUCAACAUCAGGAGAAACAAAGAUAAUAACUGAGACAAUGGAGUCUACAUCAGCAGACACAACAGUGACCACCAUCGGCUCAAAUCCUACCCUGACAUCCACUGAUCUGUCAACAUCAGGAAAAACAAAAACAACAACUGUGGACAUGACAAUGGAAUCAACAUCAGUGGACACAACAGUGACAAACAUUGUCUCAAAUCCUACCCUGACAUCCACUGAUCCGUCAACAUCAGGAGACACAAAGACAACAACUGAGGAAUUGACAAUGGAGUCAACUUCAGUGGACACAACAGUGACAACCAUUGGCUCAAAUCCUACCCUGACAUCCACUGACCCAUCAACAUCAGGAGAAACAAAGACAACUGAGACAAUGGAGUCUACAUCAGUGGACACAACAGUGACAACCAUUGGCUCAAAUCCUACCCUGACACCCACUGAUCCGUCAGGAGAAACAAAGACAACAACUGAGGACUCGACAAUGGAGUCUACUUCAGUGGACACAACAGUGGUAACCAUCAGCUCAAAACCUACCCUGACAUCCACUGAUCUAUCAACAUCAGGAGAAACAAAGACAACAACUGAAGACUCGACAAUGGAGUCUACUUCAGUGGACACAACAGUGGGAACCAUCAGCUCAAAACCUACCCUGACAUCCACUGAUCUAUCAACAUCAGGAGAAACAAAGACAACUGAGACAAUGGUGUCUACAUCAGUGGACACAACAGUGACAACCAUCGGCUCAAAUCCUACCCUGACACCCACUGAUCCGUCAACAUCAGGAGAAACAAAGACAACAACUGAGGACUCGACAAUGGAGUCUACUUCAGUGGACACAACAGUGGGAACCAUCAGCUCAAAACCUACCCUGACAUCCACUGAUGUAUCAACAUCAGCAGAAACUAAGACAACUGAGACAAUGGAGUCUACAUCAGUGGACACAACAGUGACAACCAUCGGCUCAAAUCCUACCCUGACACCCACUGAUCCGUCAACAUCAGGAGAAACAAAGACAACAACUGAGGACUCGACAAUGGAGUCUACUUCAGUGGACACAACAGUGGGAACCAUCAGCUCAAAACCUACCCUGACAUCCACUGAUCUAUCAACAUCAGGAGAAACUAAGACAACUGAGACAAUGGAGUCUACAUCAGUGGACACAACAGUGACAACCAUCGGCUCAAAUCCUACCCUGACACCCACUGAUCCGUCAACAUCAGGAGAAACAAAGACAACUGAGACAAUAGAGUCUACAUCAGUGGACACAACAGUGACAACCAUCGGCUCAAAUCCUACCCUGACACCCACUGAUCCGUCAACAUCAGGAGAAACAAAGACAACAACUGAGGACUCGACAAUGGAGUCUACUUCAGUGGACACAACAGUGGGAACCAUCAGCUCAAAACCUACCCUGACAUCCACUGAUCAAUCAACAUCAGGAGAAACAAAGACAACUGAGACAAUGGUGUCUACAUCAGUGGACACAACAGUGACAACUAUCGGCUCAAAUCCUACCCUGACAUCCACGGAUCCGUCAAUAUCGGGAGAAACAAAGACAACUGAGACAAUGGAGUCUACAUCAGUGGACACAACAGUGACAACCAUCGGCUCGAAUCCUACCCUGACACCGACUGAUCCGUCAACAUCAGGAGAAACAAAGACAACUGAGACAAUGGAGUCUACAUCAGUGGACACAACAGUGACAACCAUCGGCUCAAAUCCUACCCUGACACCCACUGAUCCGUCAACAUCAGGAGAAACAAAGACAACCAUUCAGCACACAACAAGGAAAUCCACGCCAGUGGACACAGCAGUGACCCCCAGCAGCCUAAAGCCUACCCUGACAUCCACUGACGAAUCAAUAUCAGGAGGACCAAAGCCAACAAGUCAGCACUCAACUAGAGAAUCUACAUCAGUGGACACAACAGUGACAACCAUCGGCUCAAAUCCUACCCUGACACCCACUGAUCCGUCAACAUCAGGAGGAAUGUCACCAACAGGACAGGUGUCAACAGGUCAAUCAAUGUCAACUGAUGGAACAACAUUCACCAAUAGUCCAGAUGUUACCACCACCUCUGCACAGUUCUCAACAACAGGAGUUAAUCCGUGUAAACAUGAAGGUUCCUGGGAUGGUGUUGAAUGUACCUGCCAAAUACCAUAUGAAGGACAGUACUGUGAAUUUUUAGCUAAUUCUGUUCCUGGAAAUGUGACUUAUGCCAUCAGAGUGACAGUAAAAAUAGAGAACAGGAAUUACUCCAUUGAACUGGCAAACAGAUCAUCUGAAACGUUCAUGAACUUUUCAAAGGAGUUUAAGGAACAGAUGCAAUUUGUUUAUGGACGUAUUCAAAGAUAUCAAACAGUCGAGAUCACAAUGACAAGCCAGGGCAGCAUUGUUACUGAUCACAAAGCUAUUUUCAACAAAAAAACAGAGCAGUUCGAUGAAAGCAUGAUAAAGGAAACAAUGAAAGAUAUCAAAGAAAGCUUACAAUCCAGGAAUUGUACCAACAGUAAUGAUUCAAAGCAGUGUUCAGGACUUCAGCUUGCGCCAAAUUACAAAAAUGUAUCAUACACAGAUCAAGAUGUGACUGUUGAUUGCUCUACGUAUGUCAAAGACAAUUUCAAGGACUAUUUUGCAGCUGUAAAUACAUCUUCGGGCUGGAUCUGUGUAUCAAGAUGUUACAGUGACCAUAAAGAUCACUUGCAGUGCCGAUACGGGAAAUGUGAGCUCACAGCAAAGGGUCCCAAAUGCUUAUGUGAUACAUCAAAGGAUUACUGGUACAUUGGAGAAAACUGUCAAUUCCCGGUCCAUAUAUUGACUCUCAUCAUCGUGACAGUAGUGGUGGUUCUGAUAAUCAUAGUCACAUUGAUAGUGCUGACUGUGUAUUGUACAAGAUACCAACAUAUGGUCAAGCGAAACCAUUUAUCAAGCAGGACGAAGACCCCAAAUCAGAUAUUGAAAUGGUGGGAGGAGGACAACUGGGAGUGGCGUGUAUCCCAAGGUUUAACUCUCAGCAACCUUGCUGCUGCAAAUGUUCACGAUACUCAGAAUUGAAGAGCCAUUCCCCAGAACAGAGGACAUGAACUCAUCUUUCAAGAUCAAAAUGUUAAAGCUGUAGACGGAAACAUACACUGUUUAAGUUCUCCUGGUCUGAUUAACACCUCACCUUCUCCACUCCAGAAACCAUGCAUUGGACUCACAAACAGAACUGGUCUGCAGCAAUCUGAUUAUGACAUCGUGUAUAGUCAUUUUUUAUUUCCUUAAAAGUUAGUUCCAUUAAAAGAUCACAGUUAAUUAUUUGUUAUAUUUGGUUUUGACCUUAAGGCUAGGAACCCUGCAUGAAGAUCAGCGGGGGUCAAUUACUGUGUGUGUGUGUCUCACAGGGUGUCAAAUUAACUUGUCACACCAGAUAUUGGCUGGGUGAAGGGAAGGGACAUUCCUGCAAUGGAACACCUGAUGGUAAUUAGGAGUAGGGUUUCAGGCUGGUUCCUUCCCUUACCUCUGUAUUGAAUCUACCUUUGUAUCCCUCAUGCUGACUUGACUGAGCUGAACACAGGCUGGCACCUUCCUGUGCUGUGCAAUGCAGCACAUAAACAUAAAUCUGUGCUUUCUGACCUCACCUCAGAUUCUUUUAGGGAGGGAAAGGAAAUAUGGUUGCAUCUCAUCAAGGUGAUUUUCUGCUUUGUACGAAUGUUAUUUUGGAUAUUUAUUAUUAUGUUAAUUAAAUAUGGAUAUGCUAAACAUUACUGUGGUAAUGUUAAUGUAGCUGACUUGUGAAAAUGUACAAGACAUGAGAUCAGCAAAAGAAGCACUGAUCCAGACUCCAGCCAAAUCUGUGCAGUAUUACCCCAUCCCCAGUGCAGCUCUCACUCUCAGAACGUAUUCGCCUACCUCGCAUUGUUUUCAUUCUCCCUCCGCACUUUCUUCCCUUCCCCAAUCCCGUGUCUAUUCCUCUCCUCACCCAAUUUCUCUACAUCACAAUGUCCCGCCUUAUUCCUUGUCUCUCUCUCUCUCUCAUUCCAACCCCUACUCCCCUAAACCCUUUCUGUCCAUGUCCUAUUACUGUAUUGUUCCCACAGUUUACACUAGGACUAUUCCCUGCGCUCCUCAGUACCACUCUUGGAAUGGAUUCCUUCAGGAAUUGUUUGUAAAAUUUAAUUUUUGGAUAUUGACUGGAAUGAAACAGAAGGUUUAUGAAGAGGUAACUUCAUGUUGUUACUGAGGUUUGGCUCACUACAGAUUAGUCCAAUUAUUAAGAGGCCUCCAAGACUGGAACCUCCUUCUGAAAGAAAACCUGGUUUCUGAAGGCUCGAUGCAGCAUUGUACUUGGGAAUGCUAUUCUGGACUCCAGACAGAAUCAUAGAAACCCAAAAGUGCAGAAAGAGGUCAUUCAGCCCAUCAUGUCUUUACCAACCCUCCAAAGAG